CGUUCCAAGGCCCAGACCGAUCAUAUCAGCCGCGAUCUUGUGAGAUCGGGACCGUUAAUCAUUCCCGGGCCCGGAGCCGAGUCUCAUACUCUUCCAAGAGCUCAGCUCGAGGAAACCGGAGAACGGAGAGUAGACCAGAGUCCGAACGAGGCCUCCCCGAUCGAGUUAUCCCUCUUCUUCUCGAGGUAUCCGCAGCCGCUGCUGAGGUCGACGUGGACCAGAUCUGGGGCUGAUCCCAGAAAUCCGACCACUAGCACGUCAGAUCCGAGGGGUCGCGAAAGGCAUCUCACCUUGGUUGCCGCCGCCUCUGUCCAGAUUCUCUUCCGACGCGUCGCCCGCACGAGCGAGGAUCCCCUCACUGACGAUCCAGUCUCCGGUAUCUCGAAGGUGUCAUCGCCCCAGCUUCGAUCUUGCGCCGUCGCCGCCGUUUCGCCGUCCUGCGCCGUCUUCCUGUGACAUCUCCGCGAUCUCGAAGAUAUCCGGCGUCGGUCACCGGCGCCCCUCCGUCUGUUCCGCGUCGCCCCCGCUUCGAUCCGGAGUCUUCGAUCCUCUGUCGCAGCGGUUUCCCACCUCGCCAGAGUCGACUCUCUCUGGGGCUGGCCCUGAAGCAACUCGACCGCGUUCUCUUGGAACCCCAGUCUUCUUCACCACGGUCCUCUCCCACCCCCUGAUUCAGUUCGGUUCACCGGGCCCUGUUUCAGAGCCCUUUCGCCCCUGAUUCAGUCUGGGUCAUCGCGUCUGUUACGGCCCGGUUCUUGUAGCCAUUUGAGAGAUCGUGGGGUCCCCCGUUCGAGCCUUCUCUCAUAGCUCCUGAGGACGAGACCCAGUUGCACACCGGGUCGUCACGACGGGUGGCGCUCUUGCUUCAAGCAAUUCCUUGUCAUCCCGUAGAGGCCGCCCCAGUGUUCUUCAACCAUCGGUAAACAAGCUAAGUCAAGCUAAACACAAACAUUAUCGAUCGGAUUGAUUUUCCACGAUUGACAAAAUCGCGAGGCAUGGACAAGUCCAGUGCUUUGGAGUACAUCAAUCAAAUGUUUCCUACUGAAGCAUCAUUAUCUGGUGUGGAGCCACUUAUGCAAAAGAUACAAAGUGAGAUUCGUCGUGUGGAUGCAGCUAUAUUGGCAGCUGUUCGCCAACAGAGUAACUCGGGGACCAAGGCUAAAGAAGAUCUUGCUGCUGCAACACGUGCUGUUCAGGAACUAAUGCACAAGAUACAUGAGAUAAAAACAAAGGCAGAACAAAGUGAAACAAUGGUUCAAGAAAUUUGUCGCGACAUUAAGAAGUUGGACUUCGCAAAGAAGCAUAUAACAACCACAAUUACUGCUCUUCAUCGUCUUACCAUGCUAGUCUCGGCUGUUGAUCAACUUCAAGUGAUGGCCUCAAAACGUCAAUAUAAGGAGGCUGCUGCACAGCUGGAGGCUGUAAACCAAUUGUGCAGUCACUUUGAAGCUUAUAGGGAUAUACCAAAGAUUACCGAGCUUAGAGAGAAGUUCAAGAACAUUAAAAAAAUACUCAAGUCACAUGUAUUUUCAGAUUUUUCAAGUUUAGGGACUGGAAAAGAGACAGAAGAAACUAAUUUGCUGCAGCAGCUAUCAGAUGCUUGCCUGGUUGUUGAUGCUUUGGAGCCAUCUGUCAGGGAAGAGCUAGUAAAAAACUUUUGUAGCAAGGAACUAACUUCGUACCGCCAGAUUUUUGAGGGAGCAGAACUAGCAAAGUUGGAUAAGACUGAAAGACGAUAUGCAUGGAUUAAGCGCCGGUUGCGAACAAAUGAGGAAAUUUGGAAAAUUUUUCCACCUUCAUGGCAUGUUGAUUAUCUGCUCUGCAUACAGUUUUGCAAGCUAACAAGGACACAAAUCGUGGAUAUCCUUAACAAUCUCAAAGAAAAGCCUGAUGUUGGAACACUAUUGUUGGCAUUACAGAGGACUCUUGAAUUUGAGGAAGAAUUGGCGGAAAAAUUCAGUGGAGGAACCACAGGCUCUCAAAAUAGAGAAUUUGAAGGUGAUGUAGAAGAAACUGAUGAGGGGGAGAAACGUAACCUAAUUGUUUCAGAUAUACGGAAGAAAUAUGAAAAAAAGCUUGCUCUGCACCGCGAUGGAACUGAACCAGAGAAGGACAAGCAUAAAGAUCUGUCAGUUCCUGGGGCCGGGUUCAACUUUCGUGGGAUUAUUUCAUCUUGUUUUGAACCACAUCUGGCUGUUUAUGUAGAAUUAGAGGAGAAAACCUUGAUGGAGCAUUUGGAAAAACUUGUUCAGGAAGAAACUUGGGAAACUGAGGAGGGAAGUCAGACAAAUAUUUUGUCAAGUAGCAUGCAGGUAUUCUUGAUAAUCAGGAGAAGCUUAAAGAGGUGUAGUGCUUUGACAAAGAAUCAAACAUUGUUCAAUUUAUUUGGGGUAUUUCAAAGAAUUCUCAAAGCAUAUGCAACAAAACUAUUUGCCAGAUUACCAAAAGGCGGUACGGGGAUUGUUGCAGCUGCUACUGGCACAGAUGGACAGAUCAAGACAUCUGACAGAGAUGAGAGAAUGAUAUGUUACAUUGUCAACACAGCAGAAUACUGCCACAAAACGUCUGGUGAGCUAGCUGAAAAUGUCUCCAAGAUCAUUGAUCCUCAAUUUGCAGACAAAGUUGAUAUGUCUGAAGUGCAGGAUGAGUUCUCGGCGGUCAUUACAAAAGCAUUGCUGACGCUAGUACAUGGUCUGGAAACCAAGUUUGAUGCUGAAAUGGUUGCAAUGACACGUGUCCCUUGGGCGAGUCUCGAAAGUGUUGGUGACCAAUCAGAGUAUGUCAAUGGCAUUAAUUCUAUCCUUUCCACUAGCAUUCCCAUGCUUGGUAGCCUACUUUCUCCUACAUACUUCCAGUUCUUCUUAGACAAGCUAGCAGCAUCUCUUGGCCCUCGAUUUUACCUCAAUAUUUACAAAUGCAAGCACAUAUCAGAAACCGGAGCACAACAGAUGCUGUUGGACACCCAGGCAGUAAAGAAGAUCCUUUUGGACAUACCAUCCUUAGGGAAACAGACAACACUUGCUGCUAGCUAUUCAAAAUUUGUUAGUCGUGAAAUGAGUAAAGCUGAAGCACUCUUGAAGGUUAUUUUAUCUCCUGUUGAUUCUGUUGCAAACACAUAUCGAGCACUCCUUCCUGAGGGCACGCCUCUGGAGUUUCAGCGGAUACUUGACCUCAAGGGUUUGAAGAAAGUAGAUCAACAAGCUAUUUUAGAGGAUUUUAACAAGCAAAACUCCGGAAUUAGACAUCCUUCUGUUACUCCAGUAGUUGCUGUGCCAUCUGGCUCAACUGCACCAACUCUCCCAACUGUCCCGACUGUGUCAACCAUAACAGCUUCUUCAGCUACUUCGACAACUCCAAUGCAAGCAGGAGUUAUUGCCUCCCGAGAAGAUGUGCUCACUCGUGCUGCUGCUCUUGGGCGGGGAGCUGCAACAACUGGUUUUAAGAGGUUCCUUGCAUUGACAGAGGCUGCUAAAGACCGGAAGGAUGGGCCCUUCCGAAAGCUCUUCAACCCAUAGUUUGUUUUUAUAAUUUUGAUUAUUUUUUUUCCGUUCUAUUUUUUGGGUCUGGGGUGCUCCCUGUUUCAGAUGGACGUUGCUGAAUUUCACCUGUAACUUUACUAAUAUUGAAAUGAGUUACAUCGGUUUAAUUAAAAAACUUAGUAGCAUCU